AUGGCUGAGGAUGACCAGGCUCACCUUGAUCGAAUCUUCAAGCGGUUUGAUACAAAUGGAGAUGGUCAGAUCUCUUCAACCGAGCUUGGAGAAGCUUUGAAGGCACUCGGCUCUGUGUCAGGAGAUGAAGUACUACGUAUGAUGGGUGAAAUUGAUACAGAUGGAGAUGGGUUUAUUUCGUAUCAAGAGUACAUGGAUUUUUGUGAAGUUGGGUCGUUUAUGAAGAAGGAAAAGGUGUCUUGGUCAUUCUGA